AUGGAUCAGCCAUCUACUAGCGCCGAUGCGGCGGCUGGUACUGGUCCAGAUCCAAGACUGGAAUUGAUGGGCUCGUUUGUUAUAAAAUCACUGAAAUUGAAACCGGAAAAAUGGACUCGUGUCAUUACCGUUGAGGAGACCAAAGGUGUCAUCAAAGAGUUCUUAGAUCGUCCCACACCAGUAGUUUUGAUUAUAAUUCUGACACAAUCUGCACAACUUUUACCCUCUACCACAUUUCCACUGACACAGCUUAAAAGUAAAGGAGUCUAUUUCAUAAAGAAAUAUGUCCAACCCAUACCACGAGAGGAAUGCAGCAGUUUCAUUAUAAGCGGCGAUCUAGCUACCCGGACCAUAGAUCAACUUUCGGCCUUGGUGGAAGAGGUAUUAGUACCUUUGCUAUCAAAUGAGGACAAUUACAAGACAUGGCCAUUUAUGGUGGCCCAAGAUGUACAAAAGCAUGUGCACAGUUUGAAGAGUACCGUGCAUCAGGUCAAGGGUCAGGUUAGUGGUGAGACCAUAUUGGCUAUGCCAGUGGGUGUGGAGAAGAUUGUGAAGGCAGCCAACGAGAUCAGUGAAAAUCCUCAGUUGCAAAUCGAUUUGUAUUUGAAAAGUGCCAUUGAGGGAGUGGUCAUCAAAUGGGCCACACAAAUACAUGAAGUGAUAAAGGAAAAUCCAUCGAAUGCAUUUUUGAAUGGACAAAAUCCAACACCACACACAGAGUUAAUUUUCUGGAAUAAUCGACUUAAAAAUCUCUCCUUUAUCUUUGAUCAACUACGCAAUGAGCGCAUACGAGCAAUGGCCUUGGUACUGGAGCACUCAAGGAGCGCUUACUUUCCCUGCUUUCAAACACUAUUCAAAAAUGUAGUUACCGCACUUGCUGAAGCUAAAGAUAUCACCAUGUAUUUGAAUCCCUUAAAACGAUGUGUCCAGCAGUUAGAGGAGAUAGACUUUGCCGAAUGCAAGCCUCUGCUCAUACCGCUGAUGCAUGUGGUCUGCACUAUAUGGGGAAAUUCACGUUACUACAAUCAUUCAUCGAAAAUAACGGUAUUGCUAAGGCAAAUUUGUAAUUUGAUUAUACAUCAGGCCAAACGUUUCCUGGACCCUUCGUCCAUAUUUCAUAGCGACAUCGAUGAAGCAAUGCAACGCCUGACCUUAUCUAUUGAAAUUUUAAAAUUCUUUCGUGCUCUAUUUGAUCACUACAAAGAAAAAAUUGCCGACUAUUUCAAAGAGCCAGAGGAGAGGCCACCGAUUAAUUGGACUUUUCACCCAAAUUCAGUUUUCAAGCGCUUUAAUUCAUUUCUAGAGCGUUUAACCACCAUACAGUGGUUCUUCUUUACUGUGAUUGAAUUUCUGAAGUUAGAGAAAGUCGAGAUCGGUGGCCUACGCGGCCGCCAGCUGAGUACACGCAUUACGGCCGUUUAUGUUGAGUUCAAUCAAUACUUUACGGCCUUCGCAUCGAAGAGCUAUGAUGUUUUAGAUCCCGAUGAUCUUGAAUUCGAUGUGGACUUUGAAAAUUUUCAAAUGCGUAUACUAGAGCUGGACAUGAAAUUAGCAGCGAUAUUGUGUCAGGCAUUCGAUGAUUGCUAUAAUCUAGAAAGCAUAUUUAAGCUUAUCAAUAUUGUGGGAAGUGUUUUGGAACGGCCUAAAAUCAAGGAACAAUUUACCCAAAAAUAUUCGGAAAUUGUUCGCAUGUUGGAUGAAGAAUUGACCAUUUGUGAGGAUAUAUACGAUAAGCAGAUGUUUAUGAGAUCAGACAAUUUGACACUGUAUCCAGAGUAUAAUUGUCCACCGGCGGCAGCAUUUAUUCGUUGGUGCAGUCAAUUGGAACGCAGAAUUACUGCUCCCAUGAAACAAUUUCGAGCUUUGCAACAUGACAUUACCAAAACUGAACAAUCACUGGAUAUUAUCAAGCGCUACGAACGUUUGCUUUUGAAAAUCGGUGCUAGUCGCUCCUAUGUCUUUGAAGAUUGGACCGAGAAGCUGAACGAGCAGAUCGAGAAAAAUCUGGAGAAAUCCUUGAUAAAACGUGACGACAAUAAUAAACUACUUAUAAUGAAUUUUAGUCCUGAACUUUUUUGUAUACUUCGAGAGGUUCAUUACUUGAAACAAAUGGAAGUUGAAGGUGUUCCACAGGUUGCUUUAGAUUUUGCCGAUAAGGGUGAUGUCUUUCGCACCUAUACUCUCAACUUGGAGAAAACCAUUGACUGGUAUAACACCAUUCAGGAGAAUAGUUCAACAGUUGAACUAAAAAUGAUUGAGAAAGAAAUUAAGCUCAUCGAUGAUUUGGUGGAGGUGGGAAUCAACGAGUUGGUAUGGAACUCAGAAGACAUUUUGAGCUAUUUGGAGAAACUGCGCCAACCUGUGGCCGCUUUACAAAAUCGCAUGGAUCACACCCAGGGUAAUUUGAAACAAAUUCGCAACAUCAUGUCCGUCUGGGUAAGGCAGCCAUUGUUCGAACGCCGCGAUGGCAAAAAAGACACAGUGCUGUGCAUAGAUGAACGUCCUGAUCGCACCGCCAAGCGUUACGCUGAAAUUCAAGCUGCCUCUGAGGAGAUUCACAAACUUUUGCAUGACAAUAUGCUGCAGUUUGAUAUGCAAGACAAGCAGGAGGACGAGAUGUGGCUAAACUAUGUGGACUUUGUGGACAAUAUAGUCUACGAAUACUUGCUGAAGACCGUGGGCGUCAGUGUGGGAUAUAUUGUAGAGAAUAUGGAUCCAGAAAAUAACUAUGCCCCUCUGUUUGAGGCCCGCCUGGAAUUGGUGGAGCCAAAUAUGGUGUUUGUACCCUCGCUGAACCCCGAUGACUCCAUGGGCUUUAACAACAUGCUGAUUGAACUGGUGCGGGAUAUCCUCAAGAUGGGAUCCCUUAUUAAGCGCUUGAAGGCCAAUGAGAAAAGCAGUUAUGGUGAUCUCAUUAAGGCCAACCAAGACAUUAUCGAUAUGAGGAGAGAGAUUCUGAAUGGAGUGGAUUUAGUCAUGGAGGAGGCCGCCCAGUUCUGCCGCCAAUUCGAGAGAUACUCCUAUUUGUGGCUAGACGAUCGGCAUGAGUGCAUGGAGUACUUUUUGGAGUUUGGACGCAUGCUGGAUCCCGACGAAAUCGAGCUGUUGAUGAUGAACGAGCCGGGAGCCCCCAAACCUUGUCCACCCACUAUCGAGGCCUUCCGCGAACAAAUCGAUAACUAUGAGAGUUUAUUCAAUGAAAUUGAAGAUAUUGCUCCCUUUCAAGUAUUCAGCUCCUGGUUCCAAGUCGAUGUGCGUCCCUUCCGGCAGGCUCUCCUGAAUACUGUGUGCAAGUGGGGCAACAUGUUCAAGACUCAUCUGGUUACGACAGUGACCUCGAAUUUGAUGGACCUAAGCAACUUUAUACGCAAGGCGGAUGAGGGUUUGCUGCAGUCUGUCAAAGAGGGUGACUACGAGGGCUUGGUCAGCAUCAUGGCCUAUUUGAUGCAGGUCAAGGAGCGUGCCGUCAAAACCGACGAAAUGUUCGAGCCCAUGCAAGAGACCAUACAACUGCUGAAGUACUAUGACAUGGACAUACCCGAAGAGGUGAAUGUUCUGCUGCAAGAAUUGCCCGAGCAAUGGGCGAAUACCAAGAAAAUUGCCACCACCGUCAAGCAGCAGGUAUCACCUUUGCAAGCCACCGAAGUGGUCAGCAUUCGCAACAAAGUGGCCGCCUUUGAGAUCUAUGUGCUGCAGUUCCGCGACACCUUCAAGCACUAUGACUUCUUCCGCUAUGACUGCAAUGAUCCCUACCAACUGUGUGAUCGCAUCAAUGACGAUAUGUAUCGCCUGGAAUGUGAAAUGGCCGACAUUCAACAAUCGGGCAGCUUGUUUGAGGUUAACAUACCAGAAUUUAAGCUACUGAAGCAAUGUCGCAAGGAGUUGCGCAUGUUGAAACAAUUGUGGGAUUAUGUUUUCAUUGUACAAACCUGCAUUGAAGAUUGGAAAACCACACCUUGGCGCAAGGUCGAUGUUGAGAACAUGGACAUCGAGUGUAAGAAAUUCGCCAAGGAUAUUCGUUUGCUCGACAAGGAAAUGCGUGCCUGGGACACCUUUACCAAUUUGGAAUCAACGGUCAAGAAUAUGUUGACCUCGCUGCGGGCUGUGGGUGAACUACAAAACCCCGCCAUAAGAGAACGCCAUUGGAAUCAAUUGAUGAACUCCACCAAGGUCAAAUUCAUAAUGGACCAUGAGACAACAUUAGCCGAACUACUUGGCCUGAAUCUGCACGAGUGCGAAGAAGAAGUCAAAAAUAUCGUAGACAAAGCCGUCAAGGAAAUGUCUAUGGAGAAAAUCCUGAGAGAUUUAAAUACCACAUGGUCUGCGAUGGAAUUCGAUCAUGAGCUUCACCCACGCACCGGAUGUAAUCUCCUGAAAGCCUCGGAAGAACUCAUAGAGACUCUCGAAGAUAAUCAGGUUUGUCUACAGAAUCUCAUAACAUCCAAGUAUAUCGCCCAUUUCCUCGAGGAGGUCUCAGCGUGGCAGAAUAAGCUGAUGAUCGCUGAUCAGGUAAUUACGGUAUGGUUCGAGGUGCAACGCACUUGGACGCAUCUCGAGAGUAUCUUCAUGAGUUCGGAAGAUAUUCGCAAACAGCUACCAGUCGACUCGGAUCGCUUUGAUCGCAUUGAUGCCGAAUUCCGCAUACUCAUGGAUGAGAUGGCAAAGUCCUCGAAUGUUGUGGCAUCCACUAACCGACCCGGGUUGAUUGAACGCUUGGAAAAUCUUCAAAAGGAGCUUACACUGUGCGAAAAGGCACUGGCAGAGUAUUUGGAAACAAAACGUUUGGCUUUUCCUCGUUUCUACUUUGUAUCGUCGGCCGAUCUCCUAGAUAUUCUCAGCAAUGGCAUACAGCCGGAAAUGGUCACCAAGCACUUGACCAAGCUCUUCGAUUCCAUAGCCCGUCUCAAAUUCAAUCGCGACGAGAAGAACGAAGUCGCCUCGGCCUCGGGCAUGUAUGCCAAGGAUGGCGAAUACGUGGAGUUCCACGAAGUGACCAGCAUGCGCGGCCCCGUAGAAGUAUGGCUUAAUCGCAUACAGGCAGCCAUGAGAGUCUCCCUGCGUCACUAUGUCGGAGACGGCGUGGUUGCCUAUGAGGAAAAGCAACGUGAGCAAUGGUUAUUCGACUAUCCUGCCCAAGUGUCACUCUGUGGCUCCCAGAUCUGGUGGUCCACCGAAGUGAACAUAGCAUUUAGCCGCCUAGAAGAGGGUUACGAUAAUGCCAUCAAGGAUUAUUACAAGAAACAGAUCUCCCAGCUGAGUUUGCUCAUCUCCUUGCUUCUGGGCGAACUCACCAAGGGAGAUCGCCAAAAGAUCAUGACCAUCUGCACCAUCGACGUUCACUCCCGAGAUGUUGUUGCGAAAAUGAUUCAGGCCAAAUUGGAUUCGGGUUCGGCAUUCAUGUGGCAAUCGCAGCUGCGCCAUCGCUACGACGAUGUCGAGAAGGAUUGCUUCGCCAAUAUCUGCGAUGCAGAGUUUCGCUACAAUCACGAGUAUCUAGGUAACACGCCACGUCUCGUUAUUACUCCCCUCACAGAUCGCUGCUACAUUACGCUGACGCAGAGUUUGCAUUUGGUAAUGGGUGGAGGCCCCGCCGGGCCAGCUGGAACGGGUAAGACAGAAACCACUAAGGAUUUGGGUAGGGCUAUAGGCAUUAUGGUCUACGUGUUCAACUGCUCCGAGCAAAUGGAUUACCAGUCUUGCGGCAACAUUUACAAAGGUCUGGCCCAAACAGGGGCCUGGGGAUGUUUCGACGAAUUCAAUCGAAUCACAGUGGAGGUCUUGUCUGUGGUCGCCGUUCAGGUAAAGUCAGUGCAGGAUGCCAUACGUGAUCGCAAGGACAAAUUCAACUUUAUGGGAGAGAUCAUCACCUGCGUGCCCUCAGUGGGCAUCUUCAUUACUAUGAAUCCUGGCUAUGCAGGACGCACGGAGCUGCCAGAGAACUUGAAGGCCUUGUUCAGGCCAUGUGCCAUGGUGGUGCCGGAUUUUGAGUUGAUUUGCGAGAUUAUGUUGGUGGCCGAAGGAUUCCAAGAUGCUCGGGUUUUGGCCAGAAAAUUCAUCACUUUAUAUACGCUGUGUAAAGAGUUACUGUCCAAGCAAGAUCAUUACGAUUGGGGUCUGAGGGCCAUCAAGUCUGUGCUGGUGGUUGCCGGAUCACUGAAGCGUGGUGAUCCUGGCCGUCCCGAGGAGGAGGUUCUCAUGAGAGCUUUGCGUGAUUUCAAUAUACCCAAAAUUGUCACCGAUGAUAUGCCCGUCUUCAUGGGCCUCAUUAGCGACCUGUUUCCGGCCCUGGAUGUACCGCGGAAGCGUGAUCAGGACUUUGAGCGCACCGUCAAACAGGCAGCCUCAGAUCUUCUGCUGCAAACCGAGGACACCUUCAUACUGAAGGUGGUCCAAUUGGAGGAACUGCUCGAAGUCAGACAUUCCGUUUUUAUUGUUGGUAAUGCUGGCACGGGUAAGACUCAAGUGUGGAAAACCCUAUUGCGCACCUACCAGAAUAUCAAACGGAAGCCCAUCUUCAAUGACUUGAAUCCCAAAGCAGUUACCAAUGACGAGCUCUUCGGCAUCAUCAACCCCGCCACCAGGGAGUGGAAGGAUGGUCUGUUCUCGGUGAUUAUGAGAGAUCAAGCAAACAUAACGGGCGAUCAACCCAGGUGGAUUGUGCUCGAUGGUGAUAUCGAUCCCAUGUGGAUUGAGAGUUUGAAUACCGUAAUGGAUGAUAACAAAGUCUUGACUUUGGCCAGCAAUGAGCGCAUUGCGUUGACGCCUUCGAUGCGUUUGCUCUUUGAGAUUUCGAAUCUGAGAACAGCCACUCCGGCAACGGUAUCCAGGGCAGGUAUUUUGUAUAUCAACCCACAGGAUUUGGGAUGGAAUCCGUAUGUCACCAGCUGGGUGGAGACACGUAAGAUACCCUCGGAGAAAUCAAAUUUGGUUAUGCUCUUCGACAAAUACAUACCCGCCUCGUUGGAGACCAUACGAGUGCGUUUCAAGAAGAUCACACCGAUUGCGGAAAUGGCCCACAUUCAGAUGUUGUGCCAUUUGUUGGAGUGCUUUUUGACCCCGGCAAACACACCAGCCGAUUGUUCCAAAGAUUGGCAUGAACUUUACUUUGUUUUUGCCUGCAUUUGGGCGUUCGGCUCGGCUAUGUUCCAGGAUCAAACCAUUGACUACCGGGUAGAGUUUAGCAAAUGGUGGGUUAAUGAGUUCAAGACUGUGAAAUUUCCCGCAGGAGGCACUGUCUUCGACUAUUAUCUGGAUAAUGAGACCAAACAAUUUCUACCCUGGACUGAGAAAAUUCCAAAAUUCGAAUUGGAUGGCGAUUUACCUUUACAAGCUGUCCUGGUACACACCUCGGAAUCCAUACGCAUACGUUUCUUCUUGGACCUGCUAAUGGAUCAAAAGCAUCCCGUCAUGUUGGUGGGCACUGCGGGCUGCGGCAAAACCGUGUUGAUCAAUGAGAAGUUGAUUUCACUCUCGGAAAACUAUGCUGUGGCCAACAUACCCUUCAAUUUCUACACCACCUCGGAAAUGUUGCAAAAGAUUUUGGAGAAACCCCUGGAGAAGAAGGCGGGACGCAACUAUGGCCCCCCGGGCAAUAAGACCCUCAUCUAUUUCAUCGAUGACAUGAAUAUGCCCGAGGUGGAUUGCUAUGGCACAGUACAACCGCACACGCUCAUGCGUCAACACUUGGACUAUGGCCAUUGGUAUGACCGCAACAAGCUGACCCUCAAGGAUAUACACAAUUGCCAGUAUGUGGCCGCAAUGAAUCCAACAGCCGGCAGUUUUACCAUAAAUCCCCGUUUGCAAAGGCAUUUCUGCGUUUUGGCUGUUAGUUUCCCCUGCACCGAGUCCAUCACCAUGAUGUAUUCAUCGAUUUUGUCCCAGCAUUUCAUCAAUGCCGAGCAAAAAUUCAAUCCAGUUGUAAUGAAAAUCACUCCCAACAUAGUGGCUGCCACUUUGACCCUACACAACAAGGCAUCGCAGAUCUUCCUGCCAACUGCUAUUAAAUCGCAUUACAUAUUCAAUUUGAGAGACAUAAGUAAUGUAUUUCAGGGUCUACUUUUUAGCUCUGCCGAUUGCUUGCCUAUGCCAACAGAUCUCAUACGCCUGUGGCAGCAUGAGACACAACGUGUCUAUGCCGAUAAGCUAACCGAUGAGAAGGACAUCGACAGCUUUACAAAAAUGCAACACGACAUUGUGAAGAAAUCCUUUGAAGAAAUCGACGAAUCGGUUAUAUUUGACAAACCGAAUAUCUACUGUCAUUUCGCUGGAGGAAUUGGUGAACCUAAGUACAUGCCAAUAGUGGCAUGGCCUGAGCUUCACAAACUCCUCCAGGAGGCAAUGUCUUCAUAUAAUGAUCUUGUGGCUGCCAUGAAUUUGGUGCUCUUCGAGGAUGCCAUGAUGCAUGUGUGCCGCAUUAAUCGAGUUUUGGAGUCGCCACGAGGCAGUGCCUUGCUGGUGGGUGUGGGAGGUAGUGGCAAACAGUCAUUGGCUCGUCUGGCCGCCUUCAUAUCCAGUUUGGAGGUGGUGCAGAUACAACUGAAGAAGGGUUAUGGCAUCAGUGACCUCAAGAAUGAGUUUUCUGGUCUCUAUUUGAAAUCUGGCUUGAAAAAUGUGGGCAUUAUGUUCCUCAUGACAGAUGCCCAGAUACCCAGCGAAGACUUCUUGGUUCUGAUCAAUGAUAUGUUGUCCACUGGCGAGAUUCCCGACCUCUUCCCCGAUGAUGAAAUUGAAAAUAUCAUUGCCGGUGUACGCAAUGAAGUCAAAGGUGCCGGUCUAGUGGAUUCCCGUGAAAACUGUUGGAAAUUCUUCAUAGACCGUGUACGCAAACAACUGAAGAUUGUGUUGUGUUUCUCGCCCGUUGGUUCCACAUUGCGGGUCCGUUCCAGAAAAUUCCCUGCUAUUAUAAAUGCCACCUCCAUCAAUUGGUUCCACGAAUGGCCACAAGAAGCUCUCAUCUCGGUGGCCAUGAACUUUUUGUCCAAGAAUGAAGUCUUGCCCGAGCACCAUCGCGACUCAGUGGCCAAGUUCAUGGCCUAUGUUCAUACCUCGGUCAAUGCCACCUCCAAAGUCUAUCUACAGAACGAGAGGCGUUACAACUACACCACACCCAAAAGUUAUUUGGAGCAAAUCAGCCUGUACUUGAAACUACUGAAUGGCAAACAUGAGGAUUUGCAAAGGAAGAUUGUGCGUUUGGAGAAUGGCUUGGAGAAGCUGAGAUCGACAGCGGUGCAGGUGGCCGACCUCAAAGUCAAACUGGCUGUCCAGGAGGUCGAAUUAAAGGAGAAAAAUGAUGCUGCCGAUGCGCUCAUAGAAAUUGUGGGCAUUGAAACUGAAAAAGUCCAAACCGAAAAGGCCUUAGCCGAUGAGGAAGAAAUGAAAGUUGCCAUCAUUGCCGACGAGGUAUCGAAAAAGCAAAAGGAUUGCGAGGAAGAUCUAUUGAAGGCCGAGCCUGCCUUAGUGGCGGCUCAAGAGGCUUUGAAUACUUUGAAUAAGGCCAAUUUAACUGAAUUGAAAUCAUUUGGCUCCCCACCCGGAGCCGUAACCAAUGUGACAGCCGCCGUAAUGGUACUUCUAGCGCCAGGUGGCAAAUUACCCAAAGAUCGCUCUUGGAAGGCUGCUAAAAUAGCCAUGGCCAAAGUUGAUGGUUUCCUAGACUCACUGAUCACCUAUGACAAGGAGAAUAUACAUCCGGAAAUCAUAAAAGCCAUUCAACCCUAUCUGAAAGAUCCCGAAUUCGAACCGGAAUUUGUGCGUUCCAAAUCUGGGGCAGCUGCUGGUCUCUGUGCUUGGGUGAUAAAUAUCAUUCGCUUUUAUGAGGUCUAUUGCGAUGUGGAGCCUAAAAGAAAGGCUUUGGCAGCAGCAAAUGCAGAAUUGGCAGCUGCUCAAGAGAAGUUGGCGGGCAUUAAGAGGAAAGUUGCGAGUUUGGAAGAACAAUUGUCAAAACUAACAGCUGAUUUCGAAAAGGCUACAGCUGAUAAAUUGCGUUGUCAAAAAGAGGCCGAUGCUACACAGGCAACUAUUGCUUUAGCCAAUCGUUUGGUUGGUGGCUUGGCUAGCGAAAAUGUUCGUUGGGCUGAAGCUGUUAAUAAUUUUGUCAAACAGGGUAUUACUUUGCCUGGAGACAUUUUACUGAUCACCGCCUUUAUAUCAUAUGUGGGUUGUUUCACCAAACAAUUCCGCAUUGAUUUAAUGCAGAAAAUGUGGAUGCCUUUCCUUAAGAAUCUGGAUCCGCCCAUACCAACCACAGAAAAUUUAGAUCCUCUAUCAUUGCUGACCGAUGAUACCACAGUGGCGGUAUGGACAAAUGAGGGUUUACCUUCAGAUCGUAUGAGUAUAGAAAAUGCCACCAUUUUAUCCAACUCCGAUAGAUGGCCUUUGAUGAUAGAUCCGCAAUUGCAAGGUGUAAAAUGGAUCAAAGAAAAGUAUGGAGAUCCCUUGCAAGUAUUACGCAUGGGCCAGCGUAGCUACUUGGACAUUAUCGAGACAGCCAUAACCAAAGGCUAUACAGUGCUUAUAGAGAAUAUAGAUGAAAACCUGGACCCGGUACUAGACUCGUUGUUGGGUCGUAACCUUAUCAAAAAAGGAAAAGCCAUUAAAAUUGGCGACAAAGAAAUUGAAUACAAUUCCAACUUCCGCUUAAUAUUGCACACCAAACUAGCAAAUCCUCACUACAAACCAGAAAUGCAGGCACAAACCACAUUGAUUAACUUCACUGUGACCCGCGAUGGUCUGGAAGAUCAACUGUUGGCCGAAGUCGUCAAAGCUGAAAGACCCGAUUUGGAAGAACUUAAGGCUGAAUUGACCAAACAACAAAAUGAUUUCAAAAUUAUGCUGAAAAAAUUGGAAGAUGAUUUACUGUCCCGACUUUCAUCGGCUGGUGAAAAUAUUUUGGGUGACACGGCAUUGGUGGAAAAUUUGGAGACUACCAAAAGUACAGCCUCGGAAAUUGAGGAAAAGGUGGCAGAAGCCAAAAUCACCUCCAAAGAAAUUGACAAAGCUCGAGAAUAUUAUCGUCCCGCCGCGGCACGAGCAAGUUUACUUUACUUCAUCUUGAACGAGCUGAACACCAUUAAUCCGAUUUACCAAUUCUCUCUGAAGGCCUUCAGUGUGGUCUUCCAAAAAGCCAUUGCCAAGGCUGAACCUGGUGAAACUCUUGAUUUGCGUGUGGCCAAUCUAAUCGAUUGUAUAACCUACUCUGUUUUUCAAUAUACAUCACGUGGUCUCUUUGAAUGUGACAAAUUGAUAUUUGCCUCUCAGAUGACAUUCCAGAUCUUACUGAUGAACGAAGAAAUUACAUCUGCGGAACUAGACUUUUUACUCCGUUUCCCGAUCAAACCUCAUGUAACUAGUCCCGUGGAUUUUCUAUCCAAUCAAUCGUGGGGCGGAAUAUGCAGUCUAUCGUCUAAAGAUGAGUUUCGUAAUUUGGAUCGAGACAUUGAGACCUCAUCGAAGAGAUGGAAAAAAUUGGUCGAAUCCGAGUUGCCGGAAAAGGAGAAAUUCCCUCAGGAGUGGAAGAAUAAAACCGCCUUACAAAGGCUAUGCAUGAUAAGGGCCUUGAGACCGGAUCGCAUGACCUAUGCCUUGGCCGACUUUAUAGAGGAAAAACUUGGCUCCAAAUAUGUGGAAAAUCGUGCUAUGGAAUUUGCCAAAUCUUAUGAAGAGGCUUCUCCCUCCACUCCCAUAUUCUUCAUACUCUCUCCCGGUGUUAAUCCCCUCAAGGAUGUUGAGGCUUUGGGCAAACAAUUGGGUUUCACCAUGGAUUUGGGAAAUUUCCACAAUGUUUCCUUGGGUCAGGGCCAGGAAUCGAUUGCCGAGGCAGCCAUGGAUGUGGCAGCCAAAAAUGGUCACUGGGUGGUAUUGCAAAAUAUUCACUUGGUGCGAAAAUGGUUACCGGCUUUAGAAAAGAAAUUGGAAUUUUACGCUGAAGGCUCACACGAGAAUUAUCGCAUGUUCCUGAGUGCCGAGCCCGCCUCUACACCCUCAGCUCACAUUAUACCACAGGGUAUUUUGGAAUCUUCGAUUAAGAUCACCAAUGAGCCUCCCACCGGCAUGUUGGCCAAUCUACACAAAGCCUUGGACAAUUUCACUCAAGAGACUCUGGAAAUGUCGGGCAAGGAAGCGGAAUUUAAGGCUAUCCUCUUUUCUCUCUGCUACUUUCAUGCUGUGGUGGCGGAGCGUCGUAAAUUUGGACCUCAGGGUUGGAACAAAGUCUACCCCUUCAAUGUGGGUGAUUUGAAUAUCAGUGUUUCGGUCUUGUACAACUAUUUGGAGGCCAAUGCCAAAGUGCCUUGGGAGGAUCUGCGCUAUUUGUUCGGCGAGAUCAUGUACGGGGGCCACAUCACCGAUGAUUGGGACCGCAAGCUCUGUAUCAUGUAUCUGGAAGAGUAUAUGCAGCCCGACCUCGUUGAUGGUGAAUUAUUCUUGGCUCCCGGCUUUCCUGCUCCCCCCAACACCGACUAUCAGGGUUAUCACAAUUACAUUGAAGAAUUCAUGCCUGCUGAGUCACCCUAUCUCUAUGGUCUUCAUCCAAAUGCUGAAAUUGGUUUUCUCACCACCAGAGCGGAAAAUAUUUUCCGCACCGUCUUCGAAAUGCAGCCUCGUGAUGCUGGCGCCGGUGGUGGAGCCACCGUGACUCGUGAGGAUAAAGUCAAACAAAUUGUGGACGAAAUUAUUGAGAAAUUACCUGAGGAAUUCAAUAUGGUGGAAAUCAUGAAUAAGGUGGAGGAAAGGACGCCAUAUGUCAUUGUGGCCUUUCAGGAAUGCGAACGUAUGAACUUUUUGACCAGUGAAAUGAAGCGGAGUCUGAGAGAAUUGGAUUUGGGCUUAAAGGGUGAAUUAACCACAACGCCUGACAUGGAAGUUUUGGAGAAUGCCCUGUUCUUGGAUCAGGUACCGCCAGCAUGGACCUCAAGAGCAUAUCCCUCGCUAUUGGGUUUGAAUAAUUGGUUCAUCGAUUUGUGUCUACGCUUGCGUGAAUUGGAAACUUGGUCUACGGACUUUGUGCUCCCCUCUGUGGUUUGGCUGGCCGGUUUCUUCAAUCCACAAUCAUUACUGACGGCAAUUAUGCAAAGUACGGCCCGGAAGAAUGAAUUGCCAUUGGACAAAAUGUGCCUGGUGUGUGAUGUGACCAAAAAGCAAAAAGAAGAUUUCACAACUGCGCCAAGAGAAGGCGCCUACGUUCAUGGAAUGUUCAUGGAAGGCGCCAGAUGGGACAUACAACAGGGUAUUAUAAUGGAGUCACGACUUAAGGAACUUUAUCCCCCAUUACCGGUGAUAAAUAUACGGGCCAUCACGCAAGACAAACAAGAUCUGCGCAAUAUGUAUGAGUGUCCCGUGUACAAGACUCGCACUCGGGGACCGACCUAUGUAUGGACAUUCAACUUGAAGACCAAAGAUAAACCCGGAAAAUGGACUCUGGCCGGUGUGGCCUUGUUGCUGCAAACUUAAAUGGGCCAUUGGCCACCCCACACUGCGACACAACCCUUUUUUCCUUUUUUCUUCCUUCACGCACAAAAUCAAUAUAAAAAUUUUUUCUUAUCAACUUAAUGGCACCUUGUUUGUAGAUCUUUUGAAAAUAAUAACUUUUGGUCUUUUUCUAGAAAUCAAUAAAAUGUUGCCUUAGGCUAAUUCACCGACAGCAGAAUGAAAAUA